AUGUCUGACUUUUCUGGUCUCUCUCUGAAAGGCAAAACUGCCAUUGUCACUGGCGCCUCCAAAGGAAUUGGCGCCGGCAUCGCAAUUCUCCUGGCCAAGCGAGGUGCCAACGUGGUCGUCAACUAUGUCUCCGAUGGCAGCACCAAACGAGCCCAGGAAGUCGUCGACCAGAUCACUCAGAUCGGCACAAAGGCCAUCCUCUGCCAGGCCAGCGUCAGUGUGCUGAGUGAAAUACCCAGACUGGUCGAUGCGGCGUUGAAAAUCAGCGAGACGGGCAAGAUUGACAUUUUGAUUCACAACGCCGCCCAAGGCCUCGAAGCCAAUCUCAUGGACACAACACCAGACUUCUACUCAACCCACUUCGACUGCAACGUCCGCGGCCCUAUCUUCCUCACGCAGGCCGUCGUCCCUCACAUCGCCAGCGGCGGCCGUAUCGUCUUCAUCUCCUCCGCGGGUGCCCGUCUCGGCGUCGCAGGCCAGACCGUCUACGCAGCCACCAAAGCAGCCGACGAGGCGCUGGUGCGUGUCUGGGCCAAGGAGCUGGGCCAGUCGCACAACAUCACGGUGAACUGCGUCAACCCUGGUCCUGUCGCUACUGAUCAAUGGUUCCAGAGCGACGAGCAGUUUAUCAAGGAUAUGCAGCCGUUGAUUGAGUCGACUCCUGCUGCGGCGAGGGUGGGCGAAGUCGAUGAUGUUGCGCCUUUGGUGGCGUUUUUGUGUAGUGAUGAUGCGCGGUGGACGACGGGGGCUUGUUUGUCUGCUAAUGGAGGUCUUUACAACUAG